AUGUUUAAGAAGAAAACUAUUGAUUCAUUUUUCAAGAGAAAAGACAGAAAUGAUGAAAAAGCACAACCUAUGUCUAGUGCACAAAAUGCAACUUCAAAUAUAGAAACUGGUGUUGAAAAUGUUGAUCAACAACAACCAUCUCUAUCAGCAAUGCCAAUCUUGGAGUUGGAGCAACAUGUCCAACCACCUCCUUCCAAAUUUAUCAAGAUUGGAGUAACCAAACAAGAAAAGGUUAAUAUUGAUUCUUUAAUUCGUGAUCCUGGAAAACACCCACAAAUUUGGGAUUAUCCUAUUAAUCAACAAGAUGAAAUUCGUAGGGCAUAUAUGAAGUUUGGGCCAUACCAAUUUAUAAUGGAUGUAUAUCCACUUUCUGGUCAAGAUGAUCAUCCUCGUCGAUUUCAAGCUCAUUGGUUUAAAGUAUUUCCUUGGUUAGAGUAUUCUCCAGAAGAAGAUGCUGCUUUUUGCUUUCCAUGUUAUUUAUUCUCUAAAAGAUCAAGCUCAUUCACUUUAAAAGGAUUUAGAAAUUGGAAAAAAGUGAAUAGCGGGAAAGAUUGUGCAUUUCUAUCUCAUGUGGGAAAGGAUCCUAAUUCUCCUCACAACAUUGCAGUUAAAUGCUUUGAAGAUUUGAAGAAUCAAUCAUGCCAUAUUGACAAAGUAUUGGUUAAACAAACCUCACAACAAAUUAUGACUAAUCGCCUACGCCUUAAAGCCUCUAUAGAUGUUGUUAGAUGGUUGACAUUUCAAGCUUGUGCUUUUAGAGGGCAUGAUGAAAGUUUGGGAUCGAAGAACCGAGGUAAUUUUCUUGAAAUGAUAAAGCUUUUGGCUUCUUAUAAUAAAGAAGUAGAUGAAGUUGUCUUAGAGAAUGCCCCUCAAAAUGCAAGAUACACUUCACCUACUAUUCAAAAAGAAAUUUUACAUGCUUUUGCUAGAAAGGUGCAAAGUGAAAUUCGAGAAGAGAUUAGUGAUGCAAAGUUUUGUUUGAUUGUCGAUGAAGCUCGAGAUGAAUCUAGAAGAGAACAAAUGGCUCUUGUUAUUAGAUUCGUUGAUAAGCAUGGAUUUGUCAAGGAGCGUUUUCUUGAUAUAGUACAUGUUAAAGAUACUACUGCACCCACUCUUAAGCAAGAGAUUUGUUCAGCCUUAUCUCAUCAUAAUCUUCACAUUCAAAAUAUUCGAGGUCAAGGAUAUGAUGGAGCUAAAUGCCCUUAUGCAUACUAUGUACAUUGUUUAGCUCAUCGAUUCAUGACUAGCUCUUGUUGCUGCAUGACUAAAGAAGCAGUUGACGUCCAUGCUUUCUUUCAAAAUCUGAGUGUGAUUGUUAAUGUUGUGUGUUCUUCAUGUAAACGCAAUGAUGAAUUACAAGUUGCUUAUGUAUCUGAAAUUGCUAACUUGAUUGCAAAUGAUGAGAUUGAGACUGGAAGGGGAGUUAACCAAAUUGGCACAUUACAGAGACCGGGUGAUAUUAGAUGGAGUUCUCAUUUCAAUUCUAUAUGCAGCCUUUUACGCAUGUAUAAUGUAACUGCUUUGGUUCUUGAAGAUUUAGCUAUUAAAGGAUCUACUUACUCCCAACGAGGUGAUGCUACAUAUGCUCUCAAAGCAUUGGUGUCAUUUGAUUUUGUUUUCAUUUUACAUGUGUUGAAAGAAAUUAUGGGAAUUACCGACAAACUUUGUCAAGCUUUGCAACAAAAGUCUCAAGAUAUUUUGAAUGCUAUGUCCUUGGUCUCUACCACAAAAUUGUUGAUUCAAAAUUUAAGAGAUUGUGGUUGGAAUCCUUUUUUAGAAAAAGUAACUUCUUUUUGUAGUAGACAAGUUAUUCAAAUUCCUGAUAUGAAUGGUGUUUAUUCAGACAUAAUUCGAUCCCGGCGGCAUAAAGAUUCUGUGACAGUAGAGCAUCAUUAUCGCGUCGAUAUAUUUACUACUGUUAUAGAUUAUCAGUUAAAAGAAUUAAAUAGCAGAUUCAGUGAGCAAGCAACAGAACUUCUUAUACUAAGUACAGCUUUAGAUCCUAAGGAUGCAUUCAAGUCAUUUGAUGCUAGGGACAUUUGUACUCUUGUUGAGAAAUUUUACUCAUCAGAUUUUUCUAAGCAAGAAAAGAUUCAAUUGGAAUAUGAAUUGCAACAUUAUGAGCUUGAUGUGCCCAAAGAUCCGAAUUUUCAGAAAUUGUUUACUAUUAGUGAAUUAUGUCAAAAGCUUGUAGAGAAUGGAAAGUCUAGUUUUUAUCCUUUGAUUGACAGAUUAUUACGGCUUGUCUUAACUCUUCCAGUAUCAACAUCAACCACAGAACGGGCUUUUUCUGCUAUGAAAAUUAUUAAAACAAGGCUUCGCAACAAGAUGGAAGAUGGUUUUCUCACUGAUUACAUGAUUGUCUAAAUUGAGAAGGAGAUUGCAGAAAAAUUUACCACAGAUAUGAUAAUUGAUGAUUUUUAUGCAAUAAAACAUCGGCGAUCACAACUUAAGAAAUGA